AUGUCGGACACGUCGCUUUCAUUCCGAGCGCUCAAACUCGCGAAUGAGCAGCGGACCAUGUAUGGCCUGCGAUACAACGAUCACAAUCGGUACCGGAAACACUGUGCUAACAGGACCCACCGCCUGCGGUCGACAUUAAAGCUGACGCACGGGAAAGGCCGCGAGUUCAAAAAGCUGCCCGUGGUUCCUCAGGCCAGCAUCCAGGACGGACAUCUCCAGCUCCAGCUCUACGAAGCGGAGCGCGCAUGGGCGUACUCACAGGAACUGAGCACCCUCUCCGCGCAGCCCACAAAUGAAGGGAAUGCUAGCUCUUUACGACAUAGCGCCACGGGCCGCUUCCGCCGUGCCGUUCACUGGUCGACUCGGCUGCUCUCCCAGUGCCAAACUCUCUUCGCCGCGUCGCGUCUCACCGCCCAAAGCCUUCUGGAGAUCACCGCCUACACCCUCAUUCUCAACGGGCGCUUCCUGAAGUAUCGCGAUGAGUUUGAGGAUGCGCUCGUCCAAUUGAGCGUCGCGAGGGGGAUCCUCGACGAGCUGGCCAACAUGGCCGUGACCAGCAAGGACCAGGCCCUGGCCGUCUAUUUUGCGGACGAAAUUGGCCCGGAGAUCAGGUACUGCGCGCACGAACUUGGCCGUGCUAAGGCGUACGACGUGGACGGCAUCGUCGCCGAGUUUUCGUCGCAGCACAAGAACCAGAUCGUGGAGGGCUAUGACGGCCUAGUGGCCAAGUUGAAGAGCGAAGGGGAGGUCGUCGCUAAGGACCAGGCGAAGAAGAAGCUGGGGACGCUUAUGUGGGAAGGCGAGCCCGUGCCGAUCCGCAACCCGGAGCUUGUCGACGUGCUGCUGAAGGUACAGGAGGGCGAGGCGAAGCUGAGGCAGGAAAACGCGAGCGUGUCGGAAUCAGCUGACGCCGGCGAUCAGACGAGGAGGGAGAAGAGGGCAAAGGGGGGCAAGUCGAAGCGUGGCGUGGCGGCCUAUGACAGCAUCCUGCUUGCCCUCAGCGAUGCGGAAGACGUCGCGCGGAAAUUAGUCGAGUCGCAGCAGCUCAGCGGGGCUGGAACGAGUUCAUCGGCAGCUGGCACACGGGACGUGCAGUUCGUACACGCCUACAUCGUGUACCAGCUCCUGUCCCGCCGCAUCCAGCGCGAUCUCCUCCUCGUCUCGACCUUGCUCUCGCAAGCCACCCGCCGGCCGGCCCACGCGAAGAACAAGGCCGAGCGCCCCAGCAAGCAGCCGAAGGAGCAAGUCGACUCGCGGCUCUACCCGGCGCUGGUCAAGCUCCUCGACACCGUCCUGCAGAGCCUGAACCAGAUGCGCACCCUGUCGAUCGUCGACGAGAGCCCGGACCUCUCGACCGCCGUCGACGCACGGAUAUCGUUCACGAGCACCCGCAGGUGUCUGUACCUCGCGCACUGCUACGCGCCCGCCAAGCGGUACGCCGAGGCCCUCGCGCUCGUCCAGCACGCGCGCAUCCACCUCCGCGAGACGCGCUCCGUGCUCUCCACGAUCGACGUCGACCCCAUCGCCGCCGCCAGCGCGCCCUUCUUCUCGCUCUCCCCCUCCGCCGACCUCGACGCGCUCGAGGGCGCGCUCGACGCGGACGGCCUCCGCUUCCGCACCGCGUGGUUCCUCCACAACGGCGGCGCGCUCGACGCGGACGCCGCGGCGCACAAGAAGCCGCUCUUCUUCGACGUCGCGCUCAACUACGUGCAGCUCGACAUGGACCGGCUGCAGGAGCGCGCCGGGAAGAAGCCCGUCGUCGUCGUCGUCGCCGCCCCGGUCGCCGUGCGGGCCCAGCCGCCCCCGGAGAAAAAGCCGGUCGCGAGAGCGAAGCUGGAAGAGCAGCGCGCGCCGACGCCCGAGCCUACCGCAUCUGCCAAGGGAGGACUGAGCAGUUUAUUAGGGGGCUGGUGGGGGAGGCAGUGA